AAUCUUCAACGCGUUGAUGUCAAGAUGAUUGAACGUUGGAUACGUUAACCAGCCAACGCCCGGGUCCCAGGUCGGAUACAGCGGUGUGGCGUCGUUUUCUCUGUAUAUAAAGCCCUCUCCUCCCGAAACGACCGCCAGAUUUUCCUUCUUCACAGUUUGCACAUUCACCUCCAGCUCACCUGCUAUAGCAAUCUCCUCUGUGUGCCCUCAUUGAAAUGUCUGGUCACAUCGCAAUGAAACGACCGUCAUCGCCUUCUCCCGCAAAGUCCGGUUCGGCGAAAGUACCACGUGGUCCCCUUUUGCUAGAGGUUGGCGAAGAUCCACAUACUCCUGAGGAACACAGAAAUCUUGACUCGAAGUGCAUGAGCUGGUUCAAGAUGGUCCACUGGGAUCCGGACUGUCUGAAGAGGUCUGAGCCAGACUACGUUUCGUUGAACUCCAUGAUCCUGCAAAAAAUAUUGCAGGGCUCGAAAUGUCACAUCGACCCACAAAUCAAAGAGACGCCUCUCGACGACAGUCCGAAGUGCGCAGAGUAUUUGGCUGGUGAACAUGGUGAUGCUUUGCGUGCGCUCUUGCUCGAAUCCUAUAACAAGAAGGACUUCUCCAAGUUGCGCUGCCUGAAACUUUUCCAGAUCCCUUCCCAAGGAAUGUCAGCGGUCAUUACUGAUGGACAGAGUAAAGCCACCAAAAUUGCGUGGAAGAAGCCAUUCAUUGGCACAAGUCAUCAGACGCUAUUAGACAGCAUUAAAGAAAUGAAUCGCGAUCGUUCGAAAGAGAGCUCAUACUCGAAUUACCUGGCAAUCAUUCAAAGUUCCGGAACAGGGAAAUCGCGUACAGUCGAUGAACUCGCCAAGCUUAUAUUCACCAUACCUUUCAACGUACGCACCGGAACUCCCAGCAUGGUUAUGAAAGAUGAUGAAGAUGGCGGCUUCCCAUACCCUUUCGCUGAUCACCAAGUUCAUGACUACUUAGUAAAGACAGAAUUCCAGAGCAGUUACGAGUGCACGAUAGCCGCAUUUCUCAUUUUCUUUCAGCAUCUUUUCAACAAAAUCAAUGACACGCUAACGACGAAUGAGGCAACUAUUCUCGACGCGCUGAAGAAACCAGAUUCAAGUGCUACGUUGGCGACGUGGUGGAGAGAUGCUCUGGAGGAAGUAACCGACGGUCAAUCGUUCAGGGAAUGCCUUUACGGAGACACGCUCAAAGAUUGUAAACAACUCCCAUCGGGGAAAGACUUUGAGGACGAUCCAGGGCUGCUCAACAUGCGUUCUUCGAAAACUAAGUUGGCGGGGGAAGAGCUGAUUCGAACCAUCGAUCGCAUUGAGUCGAAAGCUGGCGCGACAAUUGACGAUGGCUCUCUGCGGAUAAUAGUGUACUUCGACGAAGCUCACACCCUCACGAAUGCCGUGGUGCAUAUCAAGGAUGCUCCUUCACGUACACGCUACCAGGCGCUCUGCUCCGCAAUCAAUCACCUCAGAGACUUACCCCUAUUCGCCAUUACACUCUCGACAAACUCCAAGUUGUCCGCGUUCUCGCCUCCGAAAAAGGCACAUCCAUCAUCCCGAGUUCAAGACGUCAAGGAAGACCCUUUACAGGCGCCAUACACGGAACUCAUGUUCGAUUGUCUGACGGACGGUCGACCUUUCCUACGUCCCGGGGAACUCACAUUGGAACAAGUGUGUGAGACUCAAUUCAUAUGCAAGUUCGGGCGCCCUCUAUGGCAUGCAAUGUACAAUGCAGGUCCAGAUGAAGCUAAGACAGGCCUGAUCGAUAUUGCCAUGUCAAAGCUCGCCGGCUCUAGCGACCCUACCACCUUCAAUUUGUCCUAUCCCUACAAUAAUGGGAUUGUGGCAGCGUUAAGCACACGCCUACUUGUCGACUUCGAGCCUUCCCGUGAAAUAGCUCGACAAUUCGAAGCUCAACUGGUGGAGGGACAUAUGCGCAUUGCCUAUAGCAUACCGAAACAUCGUGAAUACUUUCGGUCAGGAUAUCCUUCAGAACCGGUGCUCGCCGAAGCCGCCGCUCGCAUUGUGCAUGAACACCGGCUGCCGAUGGCAGUGGUGCUUGAACAUUACAUCAGGCAAGGUCUCAUGAGCAAGGGCGAAAGAGGAGAGCUUGUGAUGCGCCUUCUCCUUAUAGAGGCAUUUGACAAGGCUACACGGAAGAGGUACCCCAAUUCGGCCCCAAUGGCGUUCAAUCACCCUAUCCACCUUUUCAACUUUCUCGAAGCGCUCUUCGGUUCUGAACAUCUCCUCAGAAUAAAGAAGACCAUCCCGGAUAACCGUCCUGAAGGCGUCGCGUUCGAGAAGGCCUUCGAAGACGCCUAUGUUCACUUUACGCAUUUUGGAAAGAAUGAAAACGAGAGCAUCUCAAACACACACGGUGCAUGGGCAGCUCUCGUGCGGGGGAUGGCAAUACAGUGUUCCACCAAUCAAGAUGGUAUCGAUUGCAUCAUACCCGUCACCUUUGGCGUUGAUAGUAAAUUAUCCGAGCGGACCGUGACCGGUAUCCUGAUUCAAGUCAAGAACAGAGAAAAAAGACAGACGAUCGUGAUUGAUGAGAAGUCGCUCAACCGGAAAAGGGGCUUCUUUCCAAAGAGACCGAUCGCAGAAGAUGACAGACCGUAUAUAGCGAUCGCGAUGCAGUUUGGAGUUACUCUUACGGAGUGGAAGAGAAAUUUCUCCGUCACUCGGAAGCCAUACAGUUCUCCGUCUGACUUUGUGCAUGGCCCAGAGAUUCCAGGGCGAAAUGCGCUGCCCGAUAUUGCGGAAGCACCCGCCGUGGUUCAGGCCCAAGGUCAAUCUCAUCCAGGUGUCGCAUCUCAAGGCACGCAAUUGCCGACAGGCCGUGGGAAGGGUCGAGGCCACCCACGAUAUGCCAUCACGGUUAUAGGCUGCACUCCCUCGGUGUACGCCUCGAUGGAGGAUGAGCGAAAGCCCAUGAAUGCCAGAGACGUUUAUGCAUUCUUGUUAGGCGGUAGGGGUCUCUACGAUGAACAUCCAAGGCAGAGUGAGGCGAAUCUCAGCUACCUUCGUCGGUUCAAGCCAGGGUGGAGACGCGGAAAGGACUACUUCGACUGGACUGGCAGCAAGUUCCUCUGCGGCGAAGGAGAUGACGAUCUCAUGCAGUUUUCUCAGCGUUCACAAGACUCAGAUGGCGAUGCACAAAUGGUCGAUGCCCAGGAAGAUACCUCAGCAAUACUUUUGGGAGAAGAAGCAGUUGAACCCAUGCUGGAGCCAGACGACGACCGUCCUCAGGACGAUUCGCAGGACAUCGAUGCACCAUCUCAAGUCGCACUCCAAGGUCUUGGUCUUAUGAAUAUGGCUGGACCAAGUCAGUGACACUUUGACAGAUACGUAGAUGUCGGGACAUCGAGCUGCCACAUCCUUCCAUCUCCAAUUGUAUUCCUUGAAAUCAUAACUUAUAAUGCAGAGAGAUUUGUCCGUAUCACUGGAUGUAUACCUCACUCUCAUUCUGCGGAGAUUAUCGACAUGUAGCAAGUCGUUUACCAGCUUAUGAAAUGAUUUGGAAUCGUCAG